AUGCCUUCGGAUGCGAAAAAACGACGUGAUGCAGCAAAAAAACAAGCAGCUAAGAAUCGUACCAGAGUCCGUGAUCAAAAAUUAGUAAUACAUCCGCAGGAGAAUAAUGAAGGUGUUGGAUCACUUACUCAAGAACAAAGGUCAUAUAUGCAAAAUGGUGAUACUUCUAAGGUAACUCCAUCUAUGGAUGAUGUUAUCGAUGUGGCUGCUGCGAUGCUUGAAAAAAUGGAAUUGGAAAAUGCAAAGGCAAGAUCAGUUGCAGGAGCGUUAACUUCUCAUCCAUUAUCCAUGGAUCUCAAAAUAGAAGGAUUAACUGUAACAUUUCACGGACGAGAAAUUGUAACGGACACAAAACUUGAAUUAAAUAUGGGACGCCGUUAUGGUCUUAUUGGUUUAAAUGGAAGUGGAAAGUCUACUUUAAUGCAGGCAAUAUUUCGCCGAGAAAUGCCAAUUCCUGAUCACGUGGAUAUGUUCUUAGUGUCUCGUGAAAUGGCUGCUUGUAAUGAAUGUGCUCUAAAGGUAGUAUGUGAUGUUGAUGAACAGAGAAAAGCACUCGAGAAGCAAGCUGAGGAACUGGCGGCUUCAUCGGAUGAUGAAAGUCAGGAAAAAUUAUUAGAUAUCUAUGAUCGUCUGGAAGAAAUGGAUGCAGAUAGAGCGGAAGUAAAGGCUGCAGAAAUAUUACAUGGUCUUGGUUUUACUAGACAGAUGAUGCUUAAGAAAUGCAAAGAUUUCUCAGGAGGUUGGCGAAUGCGAAUUGCAUUAGCACGAGCAUUGUAUCUGAAACCAUCAUUGCUACUGCUUGACGAACCGACAAAUCAUCUUGAUUUAGAAGCUUGUGUGUGGCUUGAGAAAGAACUUGCCGCGUACAAAAGGACUUUACUAAUCGUUUCACACUCACAGGAUUUUAUGAAUGGUGUCUGCACAAAUAUUAUUCAUUUGUUCCAAAGGAGGCUAGAGUACUAUGGAGGUAAUUAUGAUACAUAUGUACGUACCCGGACCGAGCUGCUUGAAAAUCAAAUGAAGCGUUACAAGUGGGAGCAAGACCAAUUGCAACACAUGAAAGAAUACAUUGCGAGGUUUGGGCAUGGCAGCGCCAAACUUGCUCGGCAAGCACAAAGCAAAGAGAAAACGAUGGCAAAGAUGGUAGCUGUCGGAUUAACUGAAAAAGUUGUUACCGAGAAGGUAAAACAGUUUUACUUUUUUGAUCCUGGUACAAUUCCACCUCCGGUUAUAAUGGUGCAACAUGUAUCUUUUCAAUAUAAUGAAAAAACUCCAUUAAUCUACAAAGAUCUCGAUUUUGGAAUAGAUCUUGAUACUCGUAUCGCUCUAGUCGGUCCAAAUGGAGCAGGAAAAUCGACAUUAUUAAAGUUGAUAUCAGGCGAUGUAAUGCCAUCAAAUGGCCUUAUAAGACGUCAUUCACAUUGCAAAAUAGGACGCUAUCACCAGCAUUUGCAUGAAGAAUUACCGCUGGAAAAAUCUGCUUUGGAAUAUUUGAUGAUGUCAUUUCCAGAAGUUAAGGAGAAAGAGGAUAUGAGGAAAAUUAUUGGGCGUUAUGGAUUGACUGGGAGAGAGCAGGUUUGUCCGAUGAAGCAGCUAUCAGAUGGACAACGAUGUAGGGUAUCAUUUGCUUGGUUAGCAUGGCAACAACCGCAUCUUUUGUUGCUUGAUGAGCCUACCAAUCAUUUAGAUUUAGAAAGUAUUGAUGCUUUAGCGGAAGCAAUUAACUGUUUUCAAGGGGGAAUGAUUUUGGUUUCGCACGAUUUUCGUUUAGUACAUCAGGUAGCUCAGGAGAUAUGGGUUUGUGAUAAGCAAACAAUCACGAGAUGGGAUGGUGAUAUUUUCACAUACAAAGAUCAUCUGCGUAAGGCAAUCGAGAAGCAUUGUUCGGAAGUGGUGGAACGAUAG